UCUGAGUUCUUCUCUUUGGUUGUAUGUGUUGUAUAUUUUAGAGUUGGUGUUGCAGUGAUUGCAGAUAUGUUGCUGUAUCUCAGAGUAAUUCUUUAAUGUGCAUAGUGGAUACACUGAAUCAUGCAUUCAGGCAGUUUGAAAUUAGUAUAGAUGAUAAAUUUUCCAAACUAUUUAAAAUCAGUGAUAACCUAAAAUGGUUUUUAAUAGAAAAAGGAAGGACAACAGGUCCAACAGUUUUAUACUAGAUGAUAGUCCCAAGAGAACUAAAGUACAAGCACAAAGGAAAUUUGCGCAAGGAUCAAAUGUUAACAGCCCAGUUUUAACACCUGUGAAGGAGUUGGAGAAAAGUGAAAAAGUUAUUCCAGAACCAAUAGAGCUGCUGCCUAUGAAGAGACCCAACACAGAAGACUUUUUAACUUUCCUUUGUUUUCGUGGUACUCCUGUUUUACCACCAAACUUAAGUUUCUUUAAUAAUGCUUCCAUGGUAGAAAGAAAUCAAAGUUCAGAAUCUACUAGCACUUCUCCAAAGAAUGGAGUCAUCUUACCAAGCAUAUCAAAAACUCCAGGUGAAAGACCAUUCAUUGCUUUUGGUGUACGGAAAAGAGCAGAUCCCAUUGUUGUUAGUAGACAUAUGGACAAAAAAAGGAGACAUGCAUUGGCUCUGCAGGCUUUAAGAAGAAAGUACCAGGAACAGAAGAUGGCUAAAAUCAGAGCCAUUACUAUAAGUAAACUAUCAGAAAAAGUACAAACAAAUAAAACUGUUGUUAGGACAACAAGAUCAGUAACAAAAGCAGGACCCAUAACAAAGAAAAAUAUAGCACAAAAAACUAAAAUCACUGUUGUUGCUACAAAAGUAACAACCAGACGAACAAGCACUUUAAAGCAGCCAGUAAGGACAAGCAAUAUUAAACCUAAAAUGUGCUUAAGAAGUUACCGGGGACGCUUUGUUCAAAGGGAAUUGUUAAAUAAACCUGUAAAGAAGAGACCUAUGCCAAAGAAAGUUAAAGUAGUGAAAAAAGAUGAAGAUAAAUCUGAUGAGGAAGAGGAGGAAGAAGAAGAAGAGUUUACUUCAGGUGAUGAUGAACCUUUACUACAGAAGAGCAUAGAAGGAGAAAAAAUUGCCCGGAAAACUGCAUCAAUAAUUCCUAAGAAACCAACAGAUAAAGGUUUUCAUAAAACUAGAUCCAACGUGAUUGCUAAUCAGAAGGUAACUAGAAGACAUCCUGCGCAAACAAGACUUCUUGUUAGGGCUGCUCAAAGUAAAUUGAAAUCUCCGCCAAAUUCACCGAGGCUUAGGUCGCAGCAGCUCAAACGCAACGUUAAAUUAAUACAGACUAAGAAAGAAGUGAAAACACCUAUCAAGAAGCAGAUUGAAAUUACUAAAAAGUUGGAGAUCAAGAAGAAUACUAUUACCAAUAAACCAUUGGAAGGGAGGAAUGUUAAAGUUUUAAAGACGCGAAGUGAAAGUUUAAAAAAGAAUAUUGUAGAAGGCACUACUAAAAAUAAAUUAGCAACAAGCAACGAGAAUAUCAAAGGAAAAUUAAGGAAACCCGCGAAUAAAACUAAUAAGGUUAAUGUUGCCGAAAAUGAUAAAAAGGCUGUGAAACCUAUGAAGAAAAAGGUUGAAGUAACAAAGAAACAGAAUGAAUGUGAUAAGAAACCAUGUGAAGAAACUGGGAAAAGCAAUGUUGAAGAAGAUAAUAAAAAGCUAGCAAAUGACGAUACUAAGAGCAAAGUGAAGGAAAUAUCUGAGAAAAAGGCUGAGGUAAAUAUGUUUAUUGAGAAAAAUCAACCAGAUGUUAAUGAAGCACAGGAUUUAAGUAUAAAAGAAAAUCAAAGUGAUGUGGUUCAUUCAGAAGACGCUAUUAAAAUGAAAGCAGCUAUUGAAAAGUCAAGUAAAGAAAUUGUAAUGAUUAAAGAAAAGAAAGAUGAAAGUGUAAGUUUACAGGAAGUAUGUGAUAUCCUUAAGGAUACUAAACUGGAUGAGCCCAAAAAGAAAGUUCCACACGAGAAUGCAGCUAAAAAGAAAUCUUUAGAACAAUCCGCAAGGGCUAAUUUAUUAUUACCUGAGGAGCUGAAAAAGGUUACAAAGGAAUUAAAGUUAAUGUUUGACGAAACGAAUCUGAAACCGGUGGAAAUUAGCAAAGUAAGCACAAAGUUAUUGAAAAACAAGGUAGCUUCUAAUGAAACUGAAACGAAGACAUUAGAUUUAGAUCUCAAGAAACUGCCACAACGUCCGUCUAGGAAAACGAAAGAAGCAGCUGCCAUUUACAUGGAAAUUUUAGGUCAUAAAUUAGUUAAUAAAGAUGAUAUAGAUGAAGAUUCUAUGGACAGUUUUCCAGAAUUACCUAAUGUUCGUAAGACUGAACAGAGAGAAAACGAAUUGAAGGCCAAAGCAAAAGAGGAUAAUGCUAAGAAGAGGAAAUCAAAGUCUCCUGCCGAAAGUGACGGCGACAAUUCGUCAAAGGUAAAGAGAUCUGUUAGAAGAACACGAAUUUCAAAAGCACAGUUAUCGUCUGAAAAGAUGUCAAGCGAUUCGGAUGAAUCUUUCACUGCUGAAGUCACUCUGCCAACCGAAAAGCAAUUAAGACCUAUAAGAAAUAAGUCUCCCAAAUUAUAUAGGAGCUUUAGCGACACAGACUCUGAGACACUGCCAUUGAAAAAAACACAUUCGACAAAGCGUAAAUCCGAAAACAUGAACAGUGAAUCCGAUUCUUCUAAAAGAAACAAAAGAAAACAAAAAAGGGUAGCAAAGAAACAAAGUGUGGAUAGCUUUAGUGAAUCGGACGAAGAACCAUUAGCUAAAUUGACCCAAAAAAAGAGCGAAGAUCAGUCGAAGAAGACAAGCGUUAGAUCGAAGGGAUCGCAACAGGAAACUGCAACUGUGAUUGUGGGGAAACAGAAAAGGGAAUGCACGAAACGUCCACAGAAUUAUAUGCCGUAUUCGUCUUCCGAUGAGGAAGAGAAAUUAUUCUUAGGUUUCGACAAAGCAGCGUCUCCUCCGAAGCCUGUAGAACCAACCUUAGACUUACUUUGUACAAAGGAUAUGGGACGAAGAUAUGGAAAAGAGAGAGUAAAUAUGUCUAAUGAACAGAUUGAAAAAUGGUUGAAUGAUAGUGCGUUGGCUGGAAUGAGCUUAAUUAAAAAGGAAAACGAUGAGAUGUUAAAGUUUGGAGAGAAAAUUCCGACCGAAACAAACUUGGAGAACUCGAAUAUGUCUUCUAUAAAUACGGAAAGUUUGAAGAGCACUAUGUUAGUACCUAAGUGCAAUAUGGAGAAAAUUGAGGAAAAAAAAGAGGAUAAUUCGUUAAAUUCAACACCUGAGAAAUACUCAACGGCUUCUUUGACGAAGCCACUUUCAAAUGAACGAAAACCAAUAUUCACAAAGAAGGAACGACACAGCACCGACGUUCCGCCCAAAAACAUUAACGCCUUUUCUGUUUGCAAUGAAAGUAGCGUUUAUGCCUUCGCAGAUACUGAAGAUUCUUCAGUUAACACACCUUUCAGACGGCCGUCUAGAAGACCGUCCAGUACAGCAACUAGCAAAUCUGAAGAUGAUCCUGAUGCGAAAUUUCGGUUACCAAAUCUGAUCAAACCAUUGGAUACCAAGUCUAUAUCCAAAGAGGCUUUAUUUACUGACGAAUCUAAUACUAGUUGCACGGAAAUUGUAGAGACUGUAAAUCCAUUCUACAUACCACAACAGCCUAAGAAGAUAAUGCCAAGUAUAAAAUCGUUGUCAACGCCGAUGUUUCCACCAUCGCAAACAAAUUUACAAAAAAGAGACAAAAUGCCGAAAGCUAAAAGCGUGGAUAGAUUAUCGGAAACCUCCGAGGAUUUUAAAUAUAAAGUACCGAGUUCGCCAAGCGCCAGUUCGUCGUCUAGUGCUAAACUAUACAAACGACAGACAAAUAAAAACAAACAAUUGAAAGUUCCGCCUAAUUAUAUGCCAGUGAAUACUACCGAAUUUCCAGAGCUUACAGGAACAGCACAAAUUGUCGAAGCUCCUGUGUUUCAUCCCACAGAGAAGGAAUUCAUAGAUCCAAUUGAGUACAUUGAGAAAAUCCGAAAUCAAGCGGAAAAGUUUGGGGUGUGUCGUAUCGUACCACCAGCCAACUUUAAACCCGAGUGCAAAGUAUUGGACGAGAUGCGCUUCACAGCUUACAAUCAAUAUGUGCACAAAAUGAUGCAUCGCUGGGGUCCCAAUUUUAAAGAGUUAGUUGCAAUCAGAAAGUAUUUAGCCACGCAAAGUAUUAAUUUAAAACAUCCUCCAUGGAUUGGUGGUAUGGAGAUAGAUCUUCCGCGUCUCUACCAAACGGUGCAAACUUUGGGUGGAUUAAAAGAAGUCAUAGAGAAGAAGAAAUGGCCUAGGGUAUCUGAGCUAAUGAAAAUACCGAAAUCUGCACAAGACCGUGUUACGAAACUUGACGAUAUUUACUGUAAAUAUCUGCUGCCGUAUGACACAUUGUCCCCGGAUGAACGAGACAAGUUGUUUGACGCUGUCGAAACUGAAUGGGCCAAGCGAGAGUCCAAGAAUCUGCUGAGGGCCCAAGGAGAUGAGGAGAAAUCCGAUGAGGAAGAGGAAUCCGAAGAUGAGGAUGAAACAGAUAUCGAGUGUAUAGUUAAGGGUCGAAGUAUGGCAUUAAGCGCAUUUUAUCGGAUUGCCAGAAACACGAUGGCCAUGUGGUUUAAAACGCCCGAAGCAGGUGCCGACGAAGUGGAAGAGGAAUUCUGGAAUCACGUAACUAGUAAGCAGUUUCACAUUUGCGUGCAUUCCGGUUCCAUUGAUUCCGGUAAUUGGGGCUACGGCUUUGCCGUCUCCAAAAACAGUCCCUUCGCUCGUCAUGCUUGGAAUUUGAAGGUGCUUACAAACAACAGUGGUUCUAUCCUCAGAUCGAUGGGCCCUGUAAUGGGUUUGACAGUUCCUACGUUGCAUGUAGGUAUGGUCUUCAGUGGUUGUUGCUGGUAUCGGGAUCCGCACAGUUUACCGUGGAUUGAGUAUUGUCACACCGGCGCAAAUAAAAUUUGGUACGGAAUUCCUGAUUCGAUGAGCGAAAAAUUCCACGAGACAUUGUUGAAACUAGUCCCAAAUUAUUGCUUGAACAAGUCUCUCUGGUUGCCAUCGGACACGGCUAUGUUACCACCUAACUUACUUGUCGAUAACGGUGUAUCUCUCACGAGGACUGUGCAAGAACCCGGUCAGUUUGUAGUCAUAUUUCCAAAAGCGUUCACAUCCAACAUUUGCACGGGAUACGUGGUUUCCGAGAGCGUUUUCUUCGCACAACCGGAUUGGCUGAAUUGUGCACGGAAGGUCUUCGAGGAGUUAAGGAACAGCUGCGAACCAUCCAUGUUCAGCUAUGAGAGAUUGGUAUUGAGCGUCGCAACGGAUGUUCGAAGCGAUAUUUCUGUACUGAGGCAAAUUAUACCCGCCGUCGAAGAGCUGUGUCGAAGGGAAAUCAAGGAGAGGCAAAGACUGAAAGAACUGGGUGUGAUCAAAGAGGAGAGAUUGCCAUUACCGGAUGUGCGGAAGAAGAAGAAAGUCCAGAAUGAUACGGAGACUGAAUACGCCUGUGAGGAUUGUCGUUGGAAUUUGUUUUGCUCUAUGGUAUUCGAGAGUCAGGAUAACGCAAUUUACUGUAUAGAGCACGCCAUAAACCAUAUAGAAGACAAAUCUUUAGACUCUACUAAAUGUAAAUUAAUGUAUACUUAUGAUCUGACCGAAUUGAGUGUGUUACCUGAUAAGGUAAGAACAACAAUCGAAACAAAGUUACAAAAGAAAGCCGGUAGUAAAUUCACAGGGAUGGCGACGCUAUUGAACCGGUAAAUUAUUUUAGUUUUUUUUUUAAUAUUUGUACAAAAUUGUCAAUUUCUUUCGAACGCG